AAUUCAUCAUCACAUAAUGCUUUGGUGGAAUCUGACCAAAGAAACACAGGAGAUAGAAAAAGAGUUGCCCGAGGACUUGAAAGAGUUUUUCCAGAAGAACAAUCCGGAUGACAGGCAGUACAAUAAGUAUAAGCUCACGCCACAGCAGAUUAUGGUCAACGCAAAACUAAAGAAGAUUUCCCAAGAAUACUCUUACGACCUCGAAACCUAUAAGAGGAAGAAUAGUAUUCGAAACGUAUCGAUAACCAACUGUGCCGAACUACAACUCAAAGUGGUGGAUUGUUUCAAGAGUCUUAAUUUCACGUCUAUAGAUAAUUGUUCCAAGCAGAUUAAAGCCAACAAAAACUGUGUUGAAAUUCAAAGCAAGGCAUUCAACAAAAUGUUCUAUAAUGACUGCUAUAGUACCCAGCAUUGCGACAAGAUCCGGUUCUUGGUUGACCAUUUGUUUACCUCCAACUUUGGUCAGUACGGAGAAAACAUGAAUGAGGAAACUUUGGCCAAAUUCGACAAAGACUUGGAUGCCAACUUCAGCAAGGUUUGGAAGUAGUGAGUCAAGGCUCAGUUCUUGAUCUCAUUCCAAAGGGCUAGUUUCUGAGCAAAGUUCAUGCUGGUCACCAAACCUGAUGUGUUCGGUAGUACGUGGAUAUCAGAUUCAAUACCUGCCUCGGAGCACACCCACUGGGUGUACGCAUUGUUUUGAACCCCCCAAUCAAAUCGCUGGACUUUUAUGCCCUGCUUUCUCAGUAUAUACUUAAUGAUUAUUUCCCAUAUUCCUUUACCAAUUAUGACUAUCUUCUUGGCUUGUGCAAGGUUCCAUUCGCGUAGAAGUCGAGGAACAUUGUCGAGUUUCUCUUGCAUAGUUAGUUCUUGUGCCGACUUUGUACACCGUAAUACCAAGUCUGUGAACCCGAUGUUGUAUUUAAUUAGUUCGAAAUCAUUCACAGCCGUGGCGUGAGAUUCUCCGUUAAUAGUCAACUGAUUCAACAACAAGUCGUCCUUGUUGUUGGUCUUACCAUUUCUUUCCAAGACCCAGAACAAGAGCCGGGAUUGGUUGAAAAGCUUCCAAAACAAAUUCGUGUGGUGGGCAUAGUGAUGUUGUGUUCUGGAGGACUCUACCCCAGGAUUGAACCCAACAAAAAGCACUUGUAAAUCUGGUUGAACCGAUGGAUUUAGAUCAUUCAAACCCUCAUAGUUGGCCACAGUACGGGUCUUCUUCGACUUGAUGUGCUUCACCGGCUUUGGUUUCGAGACUUUCUUGGUGUCAGAAUACCUGAACUUGCGCAAGCGAGAAGCUGGAUCGAUGCUCAUCAGU